AUGGAGGAGAAAUUUAUGCAGAAGGAGCUUUUGCGGCAAGAGAAUGAAGCAACUAGACAGAGAGCUACCAUGGAGAGAGCAGCGGCACAGAGAAUUGCUAAAGAGUCAGUAGAGGAAAUUAAUGUUGGCAACCUGUGGAAGAAGAAGAGGCUUCUAAUGCAUCUUACAAGCAGAUUACAGAUGCGUGUCGUCGCCAUGUCUCACGAGAUUGCGCCAGAUUCAAGGGUGUAUCCUUUUCGGGAGGGGGAGAGUGGUGGAGACGAGAUUGCGUUGGCCUUUUUGGACAAGCAUGAUCGUUUAUCACCAUUGGUUUAA